GAGACGAAGCGUGAAAACACCGCCUUUUUAUUUUUUCGUUUUUAAGCUUUCCCUUGCUGACCCUUCAAACAACAAUGACAAGUAAAGGAUUGUUUGAGAAUGAAUACCAUGUCGGUGCCAAUCAGAUCCGUAAGGAUCACAAAAACAUUCUGAAUCGGCUACGAUCGAUCCAGGAAGACGCAGACUUUGUCAAGGAGAUUGCAUGUUUGUUUCCAAAGUUACCGCUUGUUGCUAAUGAACGAUGUGGCUCGUGGUACAUUGAUCCGACCGAGCGAAAGGUCUAUUCAGUCUAUUACAAGUCAACCGAUGGACAUAUGGGCCAAUGGGAUUUCAAUUUAAGGCGUAGCAAUCUACACCUUUUAGACAUCAUCCACAGAUACAAAGGUUGUAUUGUUGUUGACUCGACACGACGUGGCAAACGGAUCCCCGACUCGCUUUCCAAAACCAUACCCAUAUGGUGUUGUGCCAUCAAUCGAGCCGUCGCAAAAUAUCGUAGCCGUCGUCAUCAUCACCAUCACGAGCAGUAUGGCUUUUUUGAAAACAAAAAACAGGAACAAGAAGCAUGCGAGUUAUAUUCUUUACCAUCCUGCGUGUCACGAUCUGAACACGCUCAAAUUGAAGCUCGAAUGGAUGGAUUUGCUCAAAAGCUUUUGGAUUCAGGUGGUAUCGAUAUGGAAUCAAUUUCCAAACUUGUAGAAAAACCAUUACGCCCUCUUUGGUUUACGCCACAAUCAUCCUUUUUCAUCAAUGAUCCACCGGAUUACUCGGACGCGCCUUUUUGGCCCGUGAUCUGUCUCAGUGCUUCCCAGGCUGUCGAGUCCGGAUGUCAAGCUCGGCCUGGUGGAUAUCUGUAUGUGCAAGGAUCCGGUGAUGAUCAAGAAGCUUGGUGCCAUGGCCUGACGCCACGAUUAUUCUGGCAACACGCGAAAGAGUUACUGAAUAGCAACAGCAGCGUUGAAUGCGAACAACGCGUUCAACACAUUGUCGCUUCUGCCGGUCCAGCAAAUGAUGAUGGCGACGAUGACACGUCUAAUGACAAGAAAUACGAUAUGAUCCAAGGCACCACCCUGGCGAUAGGGUCCAGACUCAGUGGCAAACCACCCGCAUGCUGGCAACAUUUCGAUUACAUAAUCAACUGUACUCCUACGCAUUAUGAAGAGAUCGACAAGGAACACUGUUAUCUACAGUUACCUAUACCAGAAGGGAAAAAGGGGCAGCAGCAGUUGUUUGAAUCGAUACCUAAAGCAUUGGCGUUUGUCAAGGAACCAUUACAGCAAGAAAAGCGGAUAUUGGUACAUUGUGCAAAGGGCCAGGAUCGAUCUGUGGGCAUUGCUUUGGCUAUCCUUGUCAAGUAUUUUGAUCAGGACAUGAAGUUUGUAUCGGAUGGUGUCACUCGAGUUGACAAGAAAGGUAUUCAUGAUCAUCUAGUUAAAAUCAUCAGUAGUCGGCCUAAGGCUGCACCUUCCAGGGCAACGCUGAAAAAGAUCAAUACCUACUUUAUGAGCUAGAAACGAGCUUUUUUUGCUGGCCAAAAGAAGAAAACAGUAGAGCCUUUUUUUUGUUGUGUAACAAAUAAAAAAUGUAAUGCAUUUGAUACC